AUGUACUGGCCCACAGCGACCACACGACUCGUCACCACCCCUUCACCUCUGGACGAUAAACCCAUCUUAAGAGUCAAAUCAAGUAGGAAAGGUAAUUUCUUUGCGAGUAUCACCGAGAAUGGCCUUGGUGUAUGGGAUGUCAGACCGACCGUGCUUCAGGCAGCUGUCAUAAGGUCACCGGGUAGUAUAGAACGAUUUGGUGUUAAUGUGGAUGUAUAUUGGGCGCACGAUGGGAGGGGUAUAAUCAUUUUGACGAACACUUCCCAUCUCCUAUUCUAUCAGCUUCUUCCCACCUCUCGACCCUCGUAUGACUCACCAGGUCCGUCCACACCUGGACCAGGUGAAGGCGACGUCGUGAUGGGCUGGGAUCUGCGCAGUCUCGGUACAGCGUUCAUUAUGGGUCGAUGUGAAUUAUUGGUCCUUCAACCUCAUAACCUCCUCUUGGUGUUACAGCAUCCACCCUCAAUCUUAUCCGUUCCAUAUCCUAUCCCUAGUCAACUACUCUCACCACCCGGUUCGCAUUUUCCCCCUCCUCCCCUUGAUGGUGACUCUGAAGCUCAGGUAGAUUGUAAUAUAUGGGAUCUACAGAAUGCAAAAGAUUGGAUGAUCCCCUCCGACCUAAGAGGGACCAGGAUACCUCUUCCACAGGAAAUAACCACAUUUCGUACACCUGGAUUACCAACCGUAUACACACUGUUGAAUCAAGAUGGCAGAUUAUACGUCAUGUAUCAAUCUGCUCAACUUGCUCAGAUAUCAAAUUCGGAAUCUCAGAAAUCACAAUUACUAAAUGGACCGAAAUACCUCGGCGUCAAAAUACAUCCACCAAACGUAUAUGCUCCCCAAGAUGUGGUCAAACGUACGGAAGCUCUGGGAUUCAUGGAGAACAAUAUAACGGAUGAUACCGUUGAUGUGGAGGAUUACGCAGAACAGGUAGCGGUGAAUCCUAGAUUCGGACUGAUAGCAGUUGGCCUAGCGAGUGGAAAGAUCAAUAUCAUCUCGCUUCCACCUUAUCCUGCGCAACCUAGAUUAUCCCAUACUCUAGAGUUGAGGAUGUCCGCGAACCUACAUUCUUCACCUGGCGGAGUGACUAGUCUUGCUUGGACAGGUGACGGGUACUGCCUAGCUGCGGGAUACGAGAAAGGUUGGGCGGCAUGGAGUAUGGGUGGAAGACUAGGUGGAUGGGGAGUCAAAGAUGAACAUGGAGUCGACGAUGAUGAUCAUGGUCAACGUGCAAUAGGAGUAGUCGACGUCUUUUGGGUACCUGGGAAUUUGGAGCUUUUCCUUCUUCGACCAGGACUAAGUCAUGGUCCCCAGAUAGAGGUCGUAUCGUUUGUGAAGAGCGCUACAACCAGUCAACAGUCACCUGACAACACGAGAUAUGCUUUCCUGCAAAUGGACGAUAGGGUACUGGUUUAUCGAGGUGCCGAUCAACCUGAUAUGAGUGUGAUCAAUCCCGAAUCAGAUGUUUGGCAAAGUAUCAAGAUCCCUGCCGCCUAUAUAGCCACCAACUGGCCGCUUCGAUAUGCCUCUAUUUCGUCGGAUGGAAAAUUGAUCGCUGUGGCUGGAAGGAAGGGUCUCACUCAUUAUUCAGCUUCUUCUGGACGGUGGAAGCUGUUCCCCGAUGAAAGACAGGAAAGGGAGUUCACCGUCAGAGGAGGUUUAUUAUGGUUCCAUCAUGUUUUGAUCGCUGCCGUGGAUGUAGAGAAAACUCAUCAGAUACGUCUAUAUUCUCGGGACUUGGAUCUGACCGAAAUAUUACAUACUCAAACUCUACCCUCACCAGUUUUGGUGAUGACCCUAUUGGACAAUUCACUUUUGGUCUACACGGCAGAUAACAAUCUUUACCAUUUCCUAAUCCUGCCUACUCAGACUUCAAUCAAAUUGCAUCUGUGUGGAAGUAUAAGUUUCAGAGGUAUCGUGCAAGUACCAAAUAGAGUAAGAGGUAUGAGCUGGAUGAUCCCACUGGCGCAGAAGAAUCUGGGGGAUCCCGUAGAUGAUCUGAUAGUGGCCACUAUCAUCUUCUUGGUAGAUGGGAAAUUGGUCUUACUCAGACCUCGCAGAGCUAGAACAGAUGAAGUACGAUACGAUAUGCAGAUCUUGGCCGAUCGGAUCGAAGUCUACUGGACCCACCUGCACGGAGUAGCCACUUUGGAAAACUCCCUUUGGGGAUAUGAUGGUCAGAAUAUGCGGAUUUGGCUGGAUGCUCUCACGAUCGAAGCUACCAGGGUUAAUAGUACGAGUGACAGUUAUGAGGAAGUGGAGGAGAGCGUUAAGUUGAGAUUGGAUUUUUAUCCAUUAUCAAUUCUAAUGGACAAAGCGAUAAUCAUCGGUGUCGAUCCAGACUCAUCAUUACGACUCCCUUGGCCUAUAUACAAGAUAUCCACCUCGACACACUUGUUCUUACCUCAAUUUCUACGAUAUCACCUAUUCUCUUCUCCUCCAAGCUUGCUGAAUGCUCUGAUCUUAGCUAGACAUUACGACAGCUUGGUUUAUUUCGCUCAUUCGCUGGAAAUACUACUGCACUCGGUACUGGAAGAUGAGAUCUCCAAACCUGGCAUGACGAGUAGUCUAGUUAGUACGACUAGCGUAGGAAACAACAAUAAUGUCGAUAACGAAAAGAACGGUAUCAAUCGAAGUGGUAAUGAAGGGGACAAUAUCAUUUCUUUGGACUCUUUACCACCAUCACCUAAACCGCCUUCCUCUCCAUCAGGAAGCGUGUCUCUCCUCUCAGCUGUAAUUCAGUUUCUGGACCAUUUUGAUUCUUCCCUUGAUGUGGUAGUGGGAUGUGCAAGAAAGACGGAAAUCGAUAGAUGGAACUUACUUUUCAACCUUGUUGGAUCACCCCGAGACCUAUUUGAAAUUUGCCUGAAGGAGAACAAACUGAGAACGGCAGCUAGUUAUUUGUUGGUACUUCAUGGGAUGCUCGAUGAAGGGAUGGAACAGGAGGGAGGGAAGAUGGAUGUUGAGGAUACGAUAAGAUUAUUGAAACAGGCUAUCAAAUCAAAAGAAUUUCAUCUAUGCAAAGAACUGCUUCGAUUCCUUCAUUCGAUUGACGAAUCUGGCUCAUCGUUAAUAUCGGCUAUUAAUCAAGUUAGAAUUUUACCUACAUCAUCCGACAACGAUGACGAUGACGAUCAACAAGACCACCAGGAAUCACGAAUCGUAAAUCCAAAUCAUCCUACACCAAGUAUCACGCUAUCUACUUCUCAAGAUAAUAGUCAACCCCCGAUCAGCUCACCUUUUCAAUUGAAAUCUGAGAGGAUGUAUAAGACUCCACCUUCUCCUACGGCUCUGGAGAGGUUUGAAGAUCACUCUGGAGAUGUUUGA